AUGGAGAAACCCGAGCCCAAGGACUUGUCCUACUAUUACUCCCGGGUGACCAUGAACCGCCAGGCCAGCAAGAUGAAGCAAUUCUACCAGUAUUUCCUCAUUCCCGGCAUUGGAAAUCUGGCUGGAGGCCUCCCGAAUCCGGGGUAUUUCCCUUACGACACCUUGGAGGCAUCAACAGCCCUCCCCGAUCGAUUCAAGCCAACUCCCAACAAGCCAGUUGACCCGCCGGUCAGUGAGUUGGGCAAUUGUACUCUCUCCGACAGCCCUGCCGUCUCCAGAGUCCUGGUGCCUCACGAUUCUGCCGAGCCAAACCUCCUGCGGAAAAUUGAUCUGACCACUGCCUUACAAUAUGGCACGGCUCAGGGAUACCCUCCUCUCUACAGCUUCAUUCGGUCUUUCGUGCAGACAAAUCUGCACCCAAAUGUGCCGUACAAGGGCGGCCCAGAAGUCAUUCUGACCUGCGGCUCUACUGAUGGAUUUGCCAAAACCCUUGAAUGCUUCAGCAACAUUUGGGAUGAAGAGAGAGAUUGGAUCAGAGAAAGAGAAGGAAUACUAUGUGAAGAGUUUGCCUACAUGAAUGCCAUCCAGGCCGCUAGACCUCGCGGUCUUAAUGUUGUGCCUGUGGCCAUUGAUGAUGAGGGAAUGCUCGCUUCCGGUAAGGGAGGUCUGGAAGAAGUGCUCGCCAGUUGGGACAAGAGUAAGGGCAAGAGGCCGCAUCUGAUGUAUACCGUGACCAUGGGCCAGAAUCCUACAUCAGGACUGCUUUCGGUCAAGAGACGCAAGGAGAUCUACUCUCUGUGUCAGAAAUACGACAUCAUCAUUGUCGAGGAUGACCCGUAUUGGUACUUGCAGUACCCCUCUGGAAACCGUCUUUCCAUGAAGGCUCGAGGCAAGCCUGUUUCGGAGAACUUCCCCAUCGAUCCGGCACAUAACUACAAUGCCUCGUCCGGAGGCAAGUCCAGUGGGUUUGACUUCUUGGACAGUCUAGUGCCAUCAUACUUGUCCAUGGAUGUGGAUGGACGAGUGGUCCGAUUGGACACUUUCAGCAAGACCGUGGCCCCUGGAUGUCGGCUUGGGUGGAUUACUGCCCAACCUGACGUGGUGGAGCGAAUCCAACGCAUUACCGAGACUAGCACACAACAACCCAGUGGGUUUGUUCAGAGUCUGAUCGCCGAACUGAUCAUGGGCCCAUCAAAGAGCGGCGAUCCCGGCAAAGGUGGCAGUAAAGACGGUAGUGGAUGGAAAGUGGACGGCUGGGUGCGAUGGCUUGAAGGCUUGCGCGGCAACUAUGAGCGUCGAAUGCAGUUGAUGAGUACCAUUCUCGAGGACGGAAAAUACCUGAUCCAAAGCUCUCGGCGCGGGUCUCGUCUGUCAGCAUCCGACGAGGAGGAAUACGAGGUACUGCACAAGACGCAGUUGUAUGAUUUCGCAUACCCCAUGGCCGGCAUGUUCCUGUGGAUGCGGGCUCAUUACGAGACACACCCGUUGUACCAGGAUGUCGAGCACCAGCGUCUGGCUCAGGCUCUAUGGGUGUUCAUGACGACGAAGCCGUAUCUGGUGCUCCUCAGUCCGGGGUCAAUCUUCUGUCCUACUCCUGAAAUCAUGGCCGAGAAGGGAUGGCAAUACUUCCGUCUCUGCUUUGCCGCGGUGAACGACGAUGUGGUGGAGAAGUACAGCAAAGCCAUCGUCAAGGCUUUCACCGACUUCUGGGCUAUUGACGAUGUGAAGAAGAUUGAUGACUUGUUGGAUGAUGAUGAGAAGGUGCAGGCUAGGUUGGCCAAUGCGGCGAUGCAAAACCAGGUGAGUUUGAACUGUCACGGCGCACAUGAGAUGUGA